GCAAGACUUCCACUUUCCUCCGCCCCGCCUCCCGGGCCCUGCCAGGCAGACGAAUCAGAAGGCAGGCCCAGGGACUGGCUCCCUUGGGCAGGACCUGCCGGGCUCCGUGGAGCUAACCAGCACAGCACCAUCAGGAAGUGCACAGCUUUCCUCCCGGGCUCUGCCAGCCAGCCAGCAGCACCUCCUCCUGUUCAUCGGAUCGGGCUGGCCCAGGCUGACCAGUGUCCCACCGUGCAGGUGCCUCUCCGGGACCCUGAGCCGCGGCCACCGCCAUGUCAGACUACGAGAACGAAGACCAGUGCUGGAAUGCUCUGGAGAGCUUCCGCGUGAAGCUCAUCUCUGUCAUCGACCCCUCGCGCAUCACACCCUACCUGAGGCAGUGCAAGGUGCUGAACCCCGACGACGAGGAGCAGGUGCUCAGUGACCCCAACCUAGUCAUCCGCAAGCGGAAAGUCGGCGUGCUCCUGGACAUCCUGCAGCGGACCGGCCACAAGGGCUACGUGGCCUUCCUUGAGAGCCUGGAGCUCUACUACCCACAGCUCUACAAGAAGGUCACGGGCAAGGAGCCCACCCGUGUCUUCUCCAUGAUCAUCGACGCAUCCGGGGAGUCGGGCCUGACACAGCUGCUGAUGAGCGAGGUGCUGAAGCUGCAGAGGAAAGUGCAGGACCUGACCCAGCUGCUGAGCUCCAAGGACGACCUCAUCAAGGAGCUGCGGGUGAAGGACAGCCUGCUCCGCAAGCACCAGGAGCGCGUGCAGCGGCUCAAGGAGGAAUGUGAGGCGGGCAGCCGUGAGCUCAAGCGUUGCAAGGAUGAAAACUAUGACCUGGCCAUGCGCCUGGCCCGCCAGAGCGAGGAGAAGGGCGCCGCGCUCAUGCGCAGCCGCGACUUGCAGCUGGAGAUUGAGCGGCUAAAGCACAGCCUCAUGAAGGCGGAGGAUGACUGCAGGGUGGAGCGCAAGCACACGCUGAAGCUCAGGCACGCCAUGGAGCAGCGGCCCAGCCAGGAGCUGAUGUGGGAACUGCAGCAGGAGAAGACACUGCUGCAGUCGCGCGUGCGGGAGCUGGAGGCCACCGUGCAGGAGGGGAAGCCAGACAAGAGCAGUCCCUACAUCCAGGUGCUGGAGGAGGACUGGCGACAGGCACUGCAGGAGCACCAGGAGCAAGCCAACACCAUCCUCUCUCUGCGCAAGGACCUACGGCAGGGCGAGGCUCUGCGUGCCCGGUGCGUGGAGGAGAAAGAGAUGUUCGAGCUGCAGUGCCUGGCCCUCCGGAAGGACUCCAAGAUGUACAAGGACCGCAUCGAGGCCAUCCUGCAGCAGAUGGAGGAGGUGGCCAUCGAGAGGGACCAGGCCAUCACCACGCGGGAGGAACUGCACGCACAGCACUCGCGAAGCCUGCAGGAGAAGGACGCGCUGCGGAAGCAGGUCCGGGAGCUGGCCGAGAAGGCAGACGAGCUACAACUCCAGCUCUUCCAGUGUGAGGGCCAGCUGCUGGCCGUGGAGGGCAGGCUCAAGCGGCAGCAGCUGGACACGCUCAUCCUGAGCUCUGACCUGGAGGACAGCUCACCCAGGAACUCCCAGGAGCUCUCACUCCCCCUGGACCUGGAGGCCGUCCAGCUCUCAGACAAAGCCUCAGGCCUGCCGCCAGCCUCCAAGGGAGGCAAAAGAGGACCAGCUGGUGCAGAAGUGAGGGAGCAGGUCAGUCUAACGCUGCCCAGAGACCUGAGCUUCAGGCCACGGAGCCCACCAUGCGGACAGGCGGGCAGGACCCAGCAGGCAGUGAAUGGCGGCCCGGCCAACAGGAGCAGCCCGCAGCAGCCCUUUGUGGCUCUGCAGGAGGAGCAGCUUCCACUGACUUCCAACGACGCGGGCCUGAGCGGCGGGGAGCCCCCGGAGAAGGAGCGGCGGCGCCUCAAGGAGAGCUUCGAGAACUACCGCAGGAAGCGCGCCCUCAGGAAGAUGCAGCACGGCUCGAGGCAGGGCGAGGUGGACUGGGACAACACCACGGGCAGUGACAACACGGACACCGAGGGCUCCUAGCCGGCCCAGCCGGAGGGGCGCCGGGAGCACGCGCCGGGACUCGCACACGCGUGCUCUAGCUCUGCGUGCAGGGGUGUCAAAUGCAGUUCCAUAAAUAAACGACCGGGGUCCCCGUA